CGCCAUUUUCUAGGAGUACAAAUGUUAUUCUUAAAAAAUGACAACAUUUGCUGAUCAUUUUUGGGGUGAGAAAAACAAUGGUUUUUAUGUUUUAUACCACAAUCUAAAGAAUGGUCAGACUUCAAGUAAAGACUUGAUAGAAUUCCUCAGAGAUGGAUGCCAAGUUGAAGAACAAUACAGUAAACUUCUUACAAAGUUGGCCAAGUCUGCUGCAAACUGUGCACAAGUUGGGACCUUUGCUCCAUUUUGGAAUUUGUUGAAAUCAUUGGUAGAAAAGUUGGCCAGUCUUCACAUGCAGUUAGUUCAUACAUGGUCUGAUCUUAUUAAAGAUAUUAUCAGAUACAAUGAAGAUCAACAUAAACGGCAGAAGACUAUGAAAGAAGGUGAAGCUGGUACAUCAGAAACAGUUCAAGCUAUUCAACAAACCACAGUAGCUGUUCAUAAGGCCAAAGAAUUGUAUCACACAAGGUGCCUUGAAUUAGAAAGAUUAAAACGAGAUAAUGCCACACAGAAAGAUUUGGACAAGGCAGAGACAAAGAAAAAGAAAACCUGUGAUGAGUAUAGAGGUUUAGUAGAAAAAUACAAUAAUAUUCGAGUAGAGUAUGAAAAGAAGAUGACAGAUUCUUGCCAUCAUUUUCAAGAAGCAGAAGAAGAACAUGUUUGUCAAAUGAAAGAUUUUAUAGACACAUAUACUAAAUCUUGGGAAAAUCAACAUGUUUUGAUUGGACAAGUACAUACAGAAUUUAAGCGAACCUGUGAUGAUUUAACUGUACAAAGAUUAUUUGAAACAUUUAUACAAAAUAAAACAACUGGUAAAGAGAAACCUGGGCCAUUAUCAUUCGUAGAACCAGACUUAUCAAGUAUUAAUACAUUACGACCAAUGUCACCAGAACCUGCUGAAAAACGAGACAGUUUAACAGAAAAACAACGACAAGAGUUAGUGCUGUUUACUGACUCGAGUGGUAGUGCGAGUCCUGUGAUGUCUGAUCAACCAGGACCAUUAAGUCGCAGUGUCAAGUUACGAGUAUCGAGAACAUGGUUUCUUAAGAAAAAUCGGAAAGAAAAAACCAAGAAAAAAAAGAAAAAAGACAAAGAUGAUAAAGAUAAUGAGUCUUUAGAAAAUGAUACCACUGACAAUACUGCACCGGAAGUUGACGAAGAAGGCUAUAACAUACGACCUGAAGAAACAAAUGAUCAUGGAGAAGAUUCCAAAAAGAAGAUCAAAGUACAGAUUAGACCACUGAGUCCUAACGGAGCUACACCUACAGGAACUGUUGAAGAUAUUAAAGCCUCUGUUGAAGGGUUACGUCUAUCUCCUACUGCUAUUAGGAGAAGAAGCCAAACUCCAAUAGAUAAGAAGAUGAAGAGGUCACAAUCUGAAUCUGAUACAUUAGAUUCUCUAAAACCUAGUCAAGAUCUUUUAAAUUUAGAUUUUUUUACUUCAUCCAGUGCUUCCACUCCAACUGGCAGCGGUUAUAAUUUACCUUCUCCUCUCUCACCAUUAACAGAUAGUAAUUUUAUUAGUCCAACACAGAGUAGUAUCACCUCACCUACAUUACCAUCAAAUUUGAGCAAUCUAUUUAAUCAAAGUAUCAAUGAUAUUAACAACGGUGGACCACCUCCAGUACCAGGCAGAUCUACACCUGGUCCUCUUACCUCCCCUAUAUCUAAUAAUAGUUUUAAUACAUCAUUUCCUAGUACAGUUAUAGCCAGACCACCAUCUAGAAAUAAAGGUUUGAUAUCACAGAAUUCCAAACCAAUUUUAAACAGUACCUUGCCAAUGACAAGAUCAGAGAGUAGUGGUAGUGUUACAUUUAAUACUACAUCAACACCGGUAGGAUCAUCUCGUGGUCCUAGUCCCUUAACUCUUGGUAUGUCUGACACUAUACCCAUAGCAAUAGCGUUAACAGAAACUAUUAAUGCUUUCUUUAAAGGACAUGAUGCUGCAAAGUGCACAGUUAAAACUGUUGGUACAGUGAUGUUAUCGUUUCCAGCUGGAAUAGUUCGUGCUUUUACUGAAAAUCCUUCACCAGCUAUGUUAACAUUCCGUUUAAAAAAUACCAGCCGAUUAGAAAAUAUAAUAGUUAAUUCACAACUCCUUGUCAAAGAUGAGACCCACACAGAAAAUAAUGGUUUACAGUACCAGUUUGAUAUGGCAGCUCUAACUGAACAUAUUAAACAACAAGGAGAGAAAAAUAAAACAGCUUCAUAUUUUAACAUAGAUAUACUCAAAUAUCAGGUGAAGAACUUACCAGGAGUUGAAAGUACACCAAUACCUCUUGUGGUUUAUUGGAAAUGUAAUGAAAAUAAUACAGAUUUUAGACUGGAUUACAGAUAUAACCCAUCUUCAAUGUCAUCACCAGCCACGUUAAAAAAUAUCUCUGUUAUAGCCGGUAUAGAGGGAAAUGUCAGUAAAAUGCAGAGUAUACCAAAUGGAGUGUGGAAUGGUGAAACUCAUCGUGCCACAUGGAAAUUAAAUGAUAUAUCUGAUGUCAGUGAACAAGCCAGCCAGGGUUGUAUUCGGGCUAAGUUUGAUAUGAAGUCUGGUGCCUGUAAACCAUCAACUACAGCAUUACAGUUUAUGUGUGAGGGGGCUACCUUAUCAGGAACAGAAUUUGAAUUAAUUGGCAAUGGUUACAGAUUAUCCCUGACGAAAAAGAGAUUUGCUUCAGGAAAAUAUUUUGUUGAUCCUGAGCAGAAUGUGAAAUCAAAGGUAUUAGACCAUCUGAAUCUUUUUAAUAAUUAUAUAUUUAUUGAAACUUUUAUUAAGUUGUUCAAAGAGGGUUUAAGUACACAUAUUGGCAAUUUAUUGGUAGCAGCUAGUAAUUAUAGUAAUCAUGAAUAA